AGCUUAGUCUGGGCGGGGUCACACUUGUAGGUGCGGCGAGAAGAUCGAUCAUCUAUUCGUGGACUUUGAGGAAAAUGUACUCAAAAACAUCCGACUGACAGUGCAGGAGAAGACUCAAACGGGACGGAGAAUGAUUUUUCAAAGCUAUUUUUAUGUUCAGGUUGUUUUAGGACGACCCUCUUGAGAACAUCGAAGGAACAGUGUUUACAUAACACGGCGAGGAGCAGCCUGUUUCCACGGUGACUUCUGACCGAUAACAGAAACAAUUUGAAUUGACAGGCUAGUUGAUCCCUCUGCUUCUUGCUAUUCAUUCAGAGUGCAGGUAGGCUAUACAGAAGCAUUGUAGUGCAUCAUUAUACACGCUUUUUUCAGAAAAACAAGUUAUACAACGCAAAACGAGAUGACUGCCUGUCAGCGGACUGGGUCCUAAAGCCCACCGGGUUGCACAUCUUGCCCAAAUAGUUCAUCAGCCUAUACUAUUUUUAAAUUCUUCGACAUUAUGGAAAAAGUUCUGUUAGAACAAGGUUAAUUGCAAAGUUGGACUGCGUCACUAAAAAGCAACGAGCCGUAUGCUUCAAUAGCAUACGAGCUGAAAAAGCAUACUUUUCUUUUGACAUUUGGAUUCCCUGUGAUCUGGUCUUACGUCCUUCGAUAUAUUUUUUGUAACCAAACAGUGAGUUGGAGUAAGAAAAUAGACUUAAAUAACACAAAGGAAAACCAGGACUCGUCCACUUGAGUAAUGGUCAUUAAUACGAUCCACUGGUUCAGGAAGGGCUUGCGGCUCCAUGACAACCCGUCGCUGAAGGACUCCCUUCUGGGGGCGGAUACUGUCCGCUGUGUCUACAUCCUCGACCCCUGGUUCGCAGGAUCCUCCAACGUUGGCAUCAACAGAUGGAGGUUCUUAUUGCAGAGUCUGGAGGACUUGGACUCCAGCCUCCGUAAGCUCAACUCUCGACUGUUUGUGAUCCGAGGCCAACCCACUGAUGUCUUUCCCAGACUCUUCAAGGAAUGGAAUAUUUCUCGUCUGUCCUUUGAGUACGACUCGGAGCCCUUCGGGAAAGAACGAGAUGCAGCCAUUAAGAAACUGGCCUGUGAGGCUGGAGUGGAGGUGACUGUCCGCAUCUCCCACACACUCUACGACCUGAACAAGAUCAUAAAGUUAAAUGGGGGUCAGUCACCUCUGACCUACAAGCGGUUCCAGACCCUCAUCAGCAGGAUGGAUGCGGUGGAGGAGCCUGCAGACUCCAUCACGGCGGACAUCAUGGGGAAGUGCAGGACGCCGCUGUCCGAGAACCACGAUGACAAGUUUGGUGUCCCCUCAUUGGAGGAGCUGGGUUUUGAUACUGAAGGUCUGUCCUCCGCUGUGUGGCCGGGGGGAGAAACAGAGGCCCUCACACGACUCGAGAGGCAUCUGGAGAGGAAGGCGUGGGUGGCCAACUUCGAGCGUCCCAGAAUGAACGCCAACUCGCUGCUCGCCAGCCCGACCGGCCUCAGCCCGUACCUGCGCUUCGGCUGCCUCUCCUGCCGCCUCUUCUACUUCAAACUUACCGACCUGUACAAGAAGGUGAAGAAGAACAGCUCCCCCCCUCUCUCGCUCUACGGUCAGCUGCUGUGGCGUGAGUUCUUUUACACGGCAGCCACCAACAACCCCUGCUUCGACACGAUGGAGAGCAACCCCAUCUGUGUUCAGAUCCCGUGGGACCGGAACCCCGAGGCGCUGACCAAGUGGGCGGAGGGCCGCACGGGCUUCCCCUGGAUCGACGCCAUCAUGACGCAGCUGAGGCAGGAGGGCUGGAUCCACCACCUCGCCCGGCACGCCGUCGCUUGCUUCCUGACCCGGGGGGACCUGUGGAUCAGCUGGGAGGAGGGCAUGAAGGUGUUCGAGGAGCUGCUGCUGGAUGCAGACUGGAGUGUGAACGCAGGCAGCUGGAUGUGGCUCUCCUGCAGCUCUUUCUUCCAGCAGUUCUUCCACUGUUACUGCCCGGUGGGAUUCGGCCGACGCACAGACCCCAACGGAGACUACAUACGGCGCUACCUGCCCAUUCUCAGAGGCUUUCCAGCCAAGUACAUUUAUGAUCCCUGGAAUGCUCCAGAAGGUGUGCAGAACGCAGCCAAGUGUAUCAUUGGAGUGCAUUACCCCAAACCCAUGGUGAACCACACAGAGGCCAGCCGGCUCAACAUUGAGAGGAUGAAGCAGAUCUACCAGCAGCUGUCCUGCUACAGAGGCUUCGGCCUUCUGGCUUCAGUUCCCUCCAUCUCUAACGGUAACGGAGAGACGUCCUCUGAAGGGAUGGGGUUCUCUGCUGAUAGUACACACAACGCUGCUGCAGCUCCAUCUGGACCUGAACACCACGUCUCCACUCUGUCCGGUGGGAAAAGACCCUGCGAGGACCCCAGGGAUGGCAGAGGCUCUAAAAUCCAGAGACAGAGUACACACUAAACGAGUAUUUGCACACAGCCAACACAAAAUGGACGUGAAGACUUACACUUUUGUCCCAGCACUUGACUGUUGCACUUUAACAGGAGCAUCAUUAAACACACAAA